GACCACGCGACACUAAAUGCAUAAUACUAUAAUAUUAUUGUACACUUAAAUACUUAAUACGAUAUAUACUCAACACAAUACGUCAGUGUGCAGUCGGUACUUUAACAGCUGUACAGUUGCGCUUUUAAGUAGGGACAAUACGCCGGCCGGCGGGAACCCGUGGUCCUUACUCCUUGGUGGAACAUUUUUGAAAAUCCGAUCAGGUGACAAAAUUGUACUUACAAGUUAUUAAUUAAAAUACAAUUUCUAAAAAAUUAAAAUGUUUAACCAUUUUUUUCCAAACAUUCUCGGCAAAUCAAAUUACCCUUUUUCUUUAUAAGUUUGAAUUUGAAUUAAAUUAACGUCAUCAAUACGUAUACGUUGAUAUCAAUUUUUCGAUCUUAAAAAUGUAUACAUUUUAUUUUUUAACAGUCGACUUGCGAUUUUGCAAAUUUUUCGUGUUAUUGAGUAUAAUUUAACUUCAACUUGGUCUGAAUCAGUCAAUUUGUAAGGUAAUAAAAUACCUAAUGAUUAGGUUGUUAAAAAAAAAAAAACGAUUUAAUUAAAAUAAUAAUAACUCAAAAAGGAAGGUUUCAAAUAUUAAUUUGUCACACAUGUGCGGAAAAAAAUUUUUUUUUCUGUAUUUUUAUAACGAUUAAGAAGCGAAACACUCACGGCUUCCUGCCCUCCACGGUAACAGACACGCGAUUGCAGUCCAUCGAGGUCGUGUCGUGUCAAUAGCUGAAAACAAAGAUUGCAGACGGACGUCCGUCGCGUGUAUUUAGCCAUCGAUGAAUUUACCUCAUAGGUAAAUGCAAGUUUUAUUUUUUCAAUGCUGUUUCCAUAGUAGAUAUCUAUUUUCUUAUAUAAUCAAUCUUGUUAUAUGAUCAACAAAAAUUACGACCAAAGAAGUUUUCGAACGAGAUUUAAUAGGUAGGCGGACUCACAUUUAUAGUGUUUUAUUCCGAAACAAUAAUUUUUAGUGUUGUAUCUACCUAAAAGCACGUUACCCUGGAUACACCGGCAAAAGCUCUUAACACGCAAGUAUGCAUUCUGUAUUUGGUGCUAUGUAGGAAUGUUCGAAUGUUAUUCGCUCACAUUCUCGCGCACUGGAACACUAAAAUACACAUACAUAAACUAUUGCCAAUCAUGUCGUGUAAAUCAUUUAAUAUAUGUGUAGUUUUAGAUAUUAUAGACGUUUCGUGUCCCGGUGUAUGUAUAUGUCCAAAAGGAAUGAUGUAUCUCGAUAUUUGGUUGUUCGGGCGUAAAAAUAGUACAUCGUAUGUAGAACCCAAAUUUCCUUUAACUUUCAACGAAACAUUUAAUUUCCACAAAACCUUUGCAGAACUCUCAAACUUGAGAGAUAUUCAGAAAGUCUUGGAAGAAAAAUGCAUAAAAAUAACAUUAGUGCAAGCCUACAAAAAGAAACAAAUCACAUUAGCUACAUAUAGUUCCUAUGUCGAUGAAGUAUUGUACCCUGAACGUAGUCAGUUGAGUAAAAUUGGAGAAAUAGCAUUGCUCAUGAAAAAUGAACCUUUAUUUCCGGGAACUAUUUCACCAAAAAUUACCCUUGUCACCAAGACCAGUGUUACAGAACAAAUAAACAUAAUUUCACGUGCAAAUCAUAGCUCACCGGAAUAUUUAGAGACGCAAAAUCAGCCUAACAGAAUGAAAAGAGUUCAUCACUCUAAAAUAAUAAAUUCGCCGUGUUUACAUAAAACAGAAAAUAGGAUAAUUCACGAUGAUGAAAAUAUUAAUUCAGAUACAGACACAGACAGUCAACUGUAUUGCUCAAGAGCGAUAAAGACCAAUAAUAACAUAAUGGAUUGGGAGUGCCAUUCAAAAAAAUCUUUCAAAAACUGUGAAGAUGUAAAUAGAUCCAAAAUAAACGAACAUAAAAAUGAAACCAGCGAUCGUAAAAAUAUGAAGGAGUCUUUGAAUUUGAAACAUAAAUCAUUGGAUAAUGAUUUUUGCAAAAAUACGGAAAUUACAUCAAAUAAAUUUGGUAAAAAUAUAAAGGCGACAUUCAACGUGGGAGCACAUCGCUAUAAGUGCUGUAAAUCAAAGUUAAAUAAUAGCAGCAGUACAAAUGAAUCAAUAAAAACAAGUGAUGAAGAUUCUAUACAUGAAAAAAAAAACACAAAUGUUUCUGUAAUACGAGAUAAUUCAGGUGAAGAACCAAAAACAUUAAAUCCAAAGAUAAGAGCUCGUUUACAUUUGGAUGUAUACCAUUGCAAAUGCGGCAUGCCUGGCUGUAUGUUAAGUCCCAGCUGGAGGAAUAUAUGCAAUGAAGUGAACAGGAAAGACAACAUAGGAGAUGCAAUUAAAUAUCAAGUAUCUUUAAGAAAUUACUAUAGGAGGCUUUACGAAGAAACCACACAUCAACUUGGUAGAAAUCUACAACUACUCUAA